UUUUUAUGAAUUCCAUGUCCCCCGGCUGCUGUGAUUGGUUGAAGCAGCAGUAGGAAGAAAUCUCUAUUGGUCUUGUGACUUUGUUGUGAAAUCUUUGUUCUUGAACAGUAAAAGUAUGGAAUAAAAGGCACCAAGUAAAAGCAUCAAGCGGAUUUACUGUUAAACCAACAAAAAUCUGAAUGAUGAGGAAAGGAUCUGACCACUUAGUGAACCAGCAGGACAUCAGUGUCUGGGUGCGAGACCCACGGAUAAAAAAGAAUGAUUUCUGGCACGCCUACAUAGACUAUGAGAUUUGUCUGCAUACCACCAGCGUGUGCUUCACCAAGAAGAUCUCAUGUGUGAGAAGGAGGUACAGUGAGUUUGUGUGGCUCAGGCAGAAACUUCAGGCAAAUUCACUGCUCAUGGUGCCGCUACCUGAGCUGCCCCCGAAAAACCCCUUCUUCAGUCUGAACAAUGCACAACAGAUCUCUGAACGCAUGAAGGGGCUGCAGACAUUUUUGAAGCAGAUCCUGCAGAGCCCUCUGCUGUUGUCCGACAGCUGUCUGCACCUAUUCCUGCAGUCGCAACUCAGCGUGUCCAAAAUGGAGGCCUGUGCUGCAGGAAGGACCAAAUACUCUGUGGCACAGGCGGUCCGACACUGUGAGCUGAGACGCUUCCACUCUGAAGAGGACCUGCAGAAAGACCUCAGCACGAGCUUUGACUCUGACUCAGACAGCUCAGAAUGUAGAGAUCCAGAUCCACAGAUUAAAGGCUUGGCAACAAACAAACCAAAGAGUUCAGCUUCACUGGAUGUGAUGGGAUCCAGACACAGUGAACCCUUCAGCUGCUCGUCUGGCUCCAUGUGAAGCUGUCGUCAUCACGUUACUGGCAGACAUAUUGGCGUUUGCACAGAAUUUCAGUUUCUCCUCUUUUUCUGGCUGCUGUACUGAACUUUGAGCUGUGUGGUUGUUAUUAAAGGAGUCAUAUCAA